AUGGCUCCCACCAACCCCAACACCGCCGAGAACCAGCCCCGCGACUCCUUGUCCUCCGUGUCGACCACGAGCAUCGUAUUCGACCGUCUCCAGGAAGAAAACGAGAAGGCAGCCGCCAGGCGAAGAGCCAACCAGGCAAACAUGGCCAGCGGAGGUUCAUACAGGGACGUCGAUAUCGCCGACCUCGACGAUGAGGACCCCCUCAAGCCUGAAGACGAUCUCGAGACCCGCGCCUUCAUCCCCCGCGAGGGCGCAGAUAAUAAUAACCGCAACAAGGCGGAACCCCGAAAGUUCAUGGACAAGGGCCUCCGCCGUGUCCUCAUCAUCGGUGUGUCCAUCUUCACCAUUGCUUGGCUCGUCGCCCUCGGCAUCUUCGUCGCAAAGGGCUCCUACCACCAUGACAGCGACACCGAGCACGAUCCCAACGCAGACCACCGCGGCUCGGGCAAGGCAGUGACCCUCGACCAGGUCCUAACUGGAUACUGGAGAGCCAAAGUACACAGCAUCAGCUGGAUCGCCGACCCCGAUGGCAAAGACGGCUUGCUCCUCGAGAAGGGCGUGCCUGGCAAGGACUACCUCGUCGUGGAGGAUGUGCGAACUCAAGGAUCAAAAAAAGACUCGGCCGAUGCAUAUAGUGCCCGCGUGCUCAUGAAAGACGCCAGAUUCGAAUACGACGGCCGUUCGUACGUGACCAGCGAGGCCGUACCCAGCCCCGACCUGAAGAAGGUCCUGCUGGCCGUCUUCAAGGUCCACCACUGGCGACAUUCUUAUACUGCCACCUACUUCAUUCUCGACGUGGCAUCCGGCGAGAUCGAGCCACUUCUGCCCGAGGACGUCGACGCCAAUAUCAUGCUGGCGACUUGGAGCCCCAAGAGCGACGCCAUUGCCUUUACAUGGACGGACGAUAACAACCUCUACGUUCGCCCUCUUGACAACAACAAGGAGAUAGUCCAGGUCACAGAUGACGGUGGCGUCGAGUGCUUCAAUGGUGUGCCUGAUUGGGUCUACGAGGAAGAGGUUCUCUCUGACCGUAGCGCGACCUGGUGGUCCGCCGACGGCCAGCACAUCGCCUUCCUCCGCACCAACGAGACUGGAGUGCCCGAGUAUCCCGUCCAAUUCUUCGUCAGCCGGCCAAGCGGCACCCAGCCUCCUAGCGACGAAGGCAGCUUCCCAGAGGAGGUCAGGAUCAAAUACCCCAAGGCCGGCUCCCAUAACCCAGUCGUCGAGCUGAAAUUCUACGACGUGGCCAAGAACGAGGUCUUCAGCGUCGAUUCUGGUGACCAGUUCCCUGACGAUGACCGCAUCAUCAACAGCGUUGUCUGGGCCGGCAACAAGAAGGCCCUCAUCAAGGAAACGAACCGCGUAAGCGACCAUGUCAAGGUCGUGCUCUUUGAUGCCGACACUCGUCAAUCUCGCACCGUUCGAUCUUCAGAUAUCAACGCCAUUGACGGCGGCUGGUUUGAGAUUUCCAAGCAGAUGACCUAUGUCCCUGCCGACCCCAGCAAGGGACGCCCGCACGAUGGCUACGUCGACUCCGUCAUUCACGACGGGUACGACCAUCUCGCCUACUUCACGCCCCUGGACAGCUCCAAGCCCAUCAUGCUCACAUCUGGCCAGUGGGAGGUCGACGACGCGCCUUCAGCGGUCGAUGUCGCUAACAACCUCGUCUACUUUGUCGCCACCAAGGAAUCCUCCAUCCAGCGCCACGUCUACUCGGUCAACCUGCUCGACGGCUCCAACCUCCAGGCCCUGACCGACACCAAGGAGGAGGGCUACUACUCGGCCUCCUUCUCCCACGCCGCCGGAUACAUGCUCCUCUCCUACAGCGGCCCCAAGACCCCGUACCAGUCCGUCAAGUCCACCCCUUCCAACCCCAGCGCCUACUACAGCCUGCUCGAGGACAACUCCGCCUUGGCAGAGCGCGCCCGCAAGCACGAGCUCCCCAUCCUCAAGUACGGCGUCCUCGACCUCGGCAACGGCGUCAAGGUCAACUACGUCGAGCGCCGCCCCCCGCACUUCAACCCCAAGAAGCAGUACCCCGUCCUCUUCCACCAGUACUCGGGCCCGGGCUCCCAGCAGGUCAACAAGCGCUUCACCGUCGACUUCCAGUCCUACGUCGCUUCCAGCCUCGGCUACGUCGUCAUCACCGUCGACCCCCGCGGCACCGGCUUCCUCGGCCGCGCUCACCGCGUCCCCGUCCGCGACCAGCUCGGCGCCCACGAGGCCGCCGACCACAUCGCCGCCGCCCAGCACUUCUCCCGCCAGCCCUACGUCGACGCCAACCGCGUCGCCAUCUGGGGCUGGUCCUACGGCGGCUUCCAGACCCUCAAGACCCUCGAGCAGGACGCGGGGCAGACCUUCUCCUACGGCAUGGCCGUCGCCCCCGUCACCGACUGGAGCCUCUACGACAGCAUCUACACCGAGCGCUACAUGCGCCAGCCAAAGGACAACCGCGAGGGGUACGCCGCCUCGAGCGUCACAAACGCCACCGCCCUCGGCCGCAACGUCCGCUUCCUCGUCAUGCACGGCGUCGCCGACGACAACGUCCACUUCCAAAACUCCCUCCGCCUCCUCGACGCCCUCGACCUCGCCGGCGUAGAGAACUACGACGUCCACGUCUUUCCCGACAGCGACCACAGCAUCUACUUCCACAACGCCAACCGUAUCGUCUACGACAAGCUGAGCAACUGGCUUAUCAACGCAUUCAAUGGCGAGUGGCUCAAGAUUGCUGACCCCAAGCCCAAUGAUAUGCGAAAGCGGGCUAUUGUUGAACAAGAUGUACCUCUGCCUUAG